GUCGUCGUCGGCAACGGCAUGGUCGGCCAGCGCUUCGUCGAGCUCGCGGCGGACAAGGCCGCGGAGCUGGGCCUCGAGGGCGACCUCGAGAUCGUGUCGUUCUGCGAGGAGCCCGUCGCCGCCUACGACCGCGUCAAGCUCACGUCCUGGUUCGAGACGCGCGACGUCAACGACCUCUCGCUCGUCGGCGAGUACGGCCCCGACGGCCGCGGCGAGUGGUACGAGGACCCCGCGCGGCCCCACGUCAAGGUCCGCGUCGGCGACAAGGCGUCGGCCGUCGACGCGGCGGCGAAGACCGUGCGCUGCGGCGACGAGGCCGUGCCCUACGACGCCUGCGUGCUCGCGACGGGCUCGUACCCGUUCGUGCCGCCCGUGGAGGGCAAGGACCUCGACGGCGUCUUCGUCUACCGCACCGUCGACGACCUCGAGCGCCUCGUCGCCUACCAGGAGGCGCACGGCGUCACGGCCGCGGCCGUCGUCGGCGGCGGGCUCCUCGGCCUCGAGGCCGCCAAGGCCAUGCACGACCUGGGCAUGAAGACGCACAUCCUCGAGUACGCGCCCAUCCUCAUGUGCCGCCAGAUCGACGCCGGCGGCCACGCGGCGCUCGCGUCCAUGGUCGAGGACCUGGGCCUCGAGAUCCACUGCGACGCGCGGACCAAGGCCUUCGAGGCCGGCGCGGACGGCCGCGUCGCGGGCGUGUCGUUCACGAACGAGGGCUGGGACGACCUCGACGUGGGCAUCGUCGUCGUCUCCGCGGGCAUCCGCCCCCGCGACGAGCUCGCGCGCGACGUCGUCGACGUCCACGAGCGCGGCGGCGUCGUCGUCGACGACGAGCUGCGGACGUCGGACCCGGCCAUCUUCGCCGUCGGCGAGGUCGCGCUCCACCGGGGGUCCAUCUACGGCCUCGUCGCGCCGGGCUACGCCAUGGCCGAGGUCGCCGCGGACCGCGUCGUCGCGGACCUCUUCCCGGACGCGCGCGCGGCGUCGGCGCCGGCCUUCGAGGGCGCGGACAUGUCGACGAAGCUCAAGCUGCUCGGCUGCGACGUCGCCAACUUCGGGGACACGGCGGACACGGCCGAGGCCCUCGUCUGGGACGACCGCGUCGGCCGCGUCUACCGCAAGCUCUUCUUCGAGACGCGCGACGGCGCGACGUACCUCAAGGGCGGCAUCCUCGUCGGCGACGCCGAGGACUACGGCGAGCUCCUCGCGCUCUGGAAGCGCGGCGAGCCCCUCGCGGACGCGCCCGCGCUGCUCCUCGCGCCGCUGUCGUCGCGCGGCGCCGCCGCCGAGGUCGACGAGGACGACCCGGGCAAGCAGAUCUGCUCCUGCAACGGCGUGUCGCGCGGCGACAUCGUCGACGUCGUCGCGGAGGUCGGCGACGCGUGCGACUACGCGAAAGUCAAGAAGUGCACGCGCGCGGGCGCCGGCUGCGGCGGCUGCGAGCCCGACGUGAAGAAGAUCCUCGCCGCGGAGCUCGAGAAGCUCGGCGCGACGGUCUUCACGGGCCUCUGCUCCCACUUCGACAAGUCGGCGCCCGAGCUCAAGGCGCUGCUGCGCCUCGACGACGAGUGCGACACCUUCGAGGACGUCAUCGCCAAGUACGGCGUCGAGGGCGCGCACCCGCGGGGCUGCGAGGCCUGCAAGCCCGCCGUCGCGGGCAUGCUCGCGUCCCUGCGCAACGAGCCGAUCCUCGACCACGCGCACCUCCAGGACACGAACGACCGGUCCCUCGCGAACAUGCAGCGCGGCGGGUCCUACUCGAUCGUGCCGCGCAUCCCCGCGGGCGAGGUCACGCCCGCGGGGCUCAUGGCCCUCGGCGCCGUCGCCGACGAGUACGGCCUCUACUGCAAGAUCACGGGCGCGCAGCGCGUCGACCUCUUCGGCGCGGCGAAGCACGACCUGCCCGCGAUCUGGGCCAAGCUCGGCGCCGCGGGCUUCGAGAGCGGCCACGCCUACGGCAAGGCGCUCCGCAUGGUCAAGUCCUGCGUCGGGUCGUCGUGGUGCCGCUACGGCGUCCAGAACUCCGUCGACUUCGCCGUGACCGUCGAGAACCGCUACAAGGGCCUCCGCGCGCCGCACAAGCUCAAGUCCGCGGUCAGCGGCUGCACGCGCGAGUGCGCCGAGGCGCAGUGCAAGGACUUCGGCAUGAUCGCGACGGAGCACGGCUACGACCUCUACGUCUGCGGCAACGGCGGCCUGAACCCGCGCCACGCGGCGCUCCUCGCGACGGGCAUCGACGAGGCGACGGUGCUCAAGUACGUCGACCGCUUCCUCAUGUACUACGUGCUCACGGCGAACAAGCUCGAGCGCACGGCGCCGUGGUUCGAGAGCCUCGCGCCGACGGAGGACGCGCGCCUCGCGCGCCUCAAGGCCGUCGUCAUCGACGACGCCCUCGGCAUCUGCGACGAGCUCGAGCGCCGCAUGCAACACGUCGUCGACACGUACCACGACGAGUGGGCCGAGGUCGUCGCGCGGCCCGACGACUACGCGCACCUCUUCAAGCAGUUCGCGAACACGGACGAGACGCAGGCCGCCGACGAGAUGAUCGAGUUCAUGGACGUCCGCGGCCAGCGGCGGCCCGUCGACUGGCGCGCGGACGGCGAGGCGCAGACGAACUGGAGGCCCGACGACGCCGACGUCUUCGCGCGGUCGCAGAAGGCGUGGCUCGGCUUCGGGCCCGUCGACGACUACCCGUCGGACAUCGGCACGGCGAUCCUCUACGGCGAGACGCAGCUGAGCGUCUUCAAGCUCGCCGACGGCCAGCUCUUCGUCACGCAGAACAUGUGCCCCCACAAGCAGGCCUUCGUCCUCUCGCAGGGCCUCGUCGGCGACGCCGACGGCCUCGCCAAGGUCGCGUGCCCGCUCCACAAGAAGACCUUCGGCCUCGCCGACGGCGCGGAGCUCGGCGGCGGCGACCUCAAGCUCGUGACCUUCGACGCGCGCGUCGGCGCGUCCGGCGACCUCGAGAUCCACCUGCCCCCGCGCGAGGAGGUCGACGCGGUCCUCGCGACGCCCAAGCUCAAGGUCACCUGCGACAAGGCGCCCAAGCAGGCGCCCGCCUUCGCGCGCUAGCGGGCCCGGGACCCCCCGGGCCGCGACCAAGCGCGCCCCGGCCGCCGCCGGACGGCCUCGGAAUCGAGAAACCACAUGAUGAUCGAAUGAUCCACCCGUCCCCGCCCCUAGCCCGUGUCUAUACCCCACCUGCCUGGA